CGCAACAGAGCCAGGCUCUACACCGUGAAGAUGAGAAAGUAGGACAUGUUCAUGCGUUCAGGUUGCCCCUCAAGGCCCCGGGAUGAGCAUGCGUGAAGAGAACCACGACUAACCAGGACAGCACACACCGCUGUCAAACAUUCGGAACAGAGUGGCAAGGGGACGCUUCUCUGCGCUACUUGGAAGGAACAAACUCUGUUUAACUCAAGUAGUCAGCGUUUGCACCGUAUUUGCGAGAGGUAUGAAGAGACCCCUCAGUCCCACUCAUCUUCUGGACAACGGGGGGAUGUGCGCCCCCUUUGGCGCCUACAGGGAAGUGGAGGAGCCUGGCCCAGGCCACGCCCACUCCCAGCGGGAGAAGAAGACGCCGUUCUCCCUGUGCGAGGUCUGCAACAUCCAGCUCAGCUCCGCCGCCCAGGCCCAGGUCCACUACCACGGGAAGUCACACCUGAAGAGGGUCAAACAUCUUAGCAACGGAGAGGCUCCUACGGCAACUGGCCCCGCCCCCAUCCCCGGCCACGCCCCCCUCUCCACCAUCAGCACCGGAAGUCCGUGUCAGAGCAGUACGCUCCCGGCUCUUGUGCGGACCCCUUCCCUGAUGCCGCCACAGUCCGUGUUGGAUGUGAAGCCCUUUCUGUCUUUCCCAGUGGACAGUGCAUCUCCCGUUGGACUCUUUCCCAACUUCAACACAAUGGACCCUGUGCAGAAAGCUGUAAUUAACCACACGUUUGGAGUCUGUGUCCCACCAAAGAAGAAGCAAGUCAUUUCCUGCACUGUCUGCCAGCUGCGCUUCAACUCUGACAGCCAGGCGGAGGCACACUACAGAGGCAGUAAACACGCCAAGAAGCUGAAAGCACUGGACUCCAGCAAGAACAAGCAGAAAACCACACCUACCAAGGACAGCACCAAGACAAUGGGCUCCUGCCCCUCCCCGGCCACCAGUAGCAGCGCUGAGCCUCUGGAGAACAGCAUGGCCUCCCCGACUGUGCCGAAAACCUUGGCUCCGCCCAAAGCUCCGGUCCCCACGGCGACGGGCGUGUCAUUGUCGUCCUGCCUCCCCAGGCCCACGUCCCAGCCAGCACCCAGCAGCUCUCCCGCGGAGGCCGCCAAUCAGGCCCUGCUCACAGCCACGCCUCCAACCACGGCCGAAUCAGAGGAGGAGAGGGCCAGAAAACUCCUGUACUGCUCGCUAUGCAAAGUGGCCGUCAACUCCCUGUCUCAGCUGGAGGCCCACAGUACAGGCUCUAAGCACAAAACCAUGCAGGAGGCCCGGGACGGAGCAGGCCCCAUCAAGGCCUACCCUCGGCCCGGGGCCAAGCUCAAGGUCCAGGCCGCUGUGAUCAAAGGAUCCGGCUUGCAGAACAAAACGUUUCAUUGUGAAAUCUGUGAUGUCUACGUGAACUCAGAAAUUCAGCUCAAACAGCACAUCUCCAGCAGGAGGCACAAGGACAGAGUGGCAGGGAAGCCUCUGAAGCCCAAAUACAGCCCCUACAGCAAGCAGCAGCGCGGAAACACAGCACUGGCGGUGAAACUGGCGCUUCAGAAGGACCUUGCCAAGCCGUUAUCCCCGGCCUUCAUUUCCAGCCCCUUCUGCCCGACGAGCAUGGCCUCCCUCCCCCUCCACGCCCGGCCCAGCACCCCCCUCUUUCAGACGCCCGCUCUGCCCCCCCCCUUCCUGCGCCCCACUCCGGGGCCCAUACGGCCAGCCGUAGGGUCCGCCAUCCUGUUCUCUCCAUACUGACCCCGGCGCAGACCCUGCACAUGGCCUGUUCCAGCAGAGCCAAAAUGGCGCCUUCCACCCAGGACCUUCAUGGAAAAAACACGUAGUUAUCAAAGUGGUUUUACCCGCAACUGCACCCAUCGAUCCCAGCUUCUAGACAAGAGUUUUUGCAUCGCAUGCAGCGUGUAAGUACUGCAAAGGCAUCAAACCUCUUCCUGAAUGACUUGAAUUUCCAGUCUUCCAAAACAAUGAAACGGACACCUCCGACUCCAAUGCAGAUUUUAGUGUUGAGGAGAGCCUCCCCCCAGACUGAGACGCUACGCAGUUUCAGUCCCAGCUGAAUUCAGUCAGAGACGUUUCAGCCUCAGCGCUGUGCUGAAUUCUGUAAUGCAGGUGAAGAGCUGUGAGCACAGCUCAGCUAAAGCUGACUUAUUUUAUGUUUAGCCAUCUGGAUAUGGUUAUGGUUCGUUCUGGUCUGUUAUGGUUUUGCAAUUCUUUUUUCCCCCCCUGAAGAGAACGCUCCAGAAAACUUAGGAUUAAACAGUUUCUGAGCAGCUGUGCUGUUUCAUCAAAGGCUUUAAGUGUUUCUGUGUGCGGUUCAGCGGCGGUGAAGCCUACACCGUCUCUCUGGGCCCUACGGAAAGCUCGUCCCAGCAGAGCCAAAAUGGCGUCACUGACUGUUCUUAAGCAGGUUUUUCUGUUCAGAGAACAACAUGAUUUAGAAUUGCCCAGCACUAUGAGUCCUGCCUGUUCUUUGGCAGAGAAAUGAUGAACCUUCUGUGCAGUGUAAUGGAGCUGCAUUGUGGUGUGACAUUUACAGUGAUGCAAUAAUGGGCAGAAUCUUAGAUAUUUACAAUCAGAACAGUCUAUUUAAAGGCAAUAACAACUGUGUAGUAUUGGGAGAAUAGUACAUAGAAUAUAGAUGCAAUGGUUCGUAUUUUUUUAAUUUAAAAAGCAAUCCACACCAGGAACGACACAGAGUUGUUCAAUCGACUGUAGAGUGUUAAUUUAGUGAAUAAUAUGUAUGUACAAUAGACAAUUCUGUGUAUAAAAAUGUACCUUUUUAAUAAAAAUAUAUAUAUUUAAAUGAGCUUUUACUGUGCAUUGUUUUUUUUAUUAAAAUGAAUGUGAGUAUCAAAGGAGAUACUGUGAGGUAAAAGUUUGACUGUCCAUGGAUUUUGAUUUUUGCCUGCAUUCCGGAGGAGUCGUAAAGAUCAGAAGGCUGUAAACACAGCUGAAAAGACAAUUGACCUUGCAAUCUGGAGGUUGCUGUGAGACCAUCUCACAACCUUUUUACCCCACCAACUCUUGUGGGCUACAGGAACAAGGAUAAACAGAUGACCAGAACAGUGUCUGUUUUCACGUCAUAAAAUAACCUAGUCACCGCUGGGUCAGACAGGAACCUGGUUGACCAUUACCCACGCUGUGGACUGAUGAAAGCAUUCUAUGUAUGUGCAUGUAAAUAACGGAAUGAUAUGGUAAAUGUGGUGGACUGUGAAUAAUAUCACCUGAAAUGCAGGGAACACAGUAUGUUAUACAGAUUGACACAUUGAGCUGUUAUAAGUUGGCGUAGGGUGGUUUAUCCCAAGUAUGUAUUGUCUACAUAAGUUCUUGAAUUAUAGGAAGGACCAUCACCUUGGGCCUCCUUAUGAAAGUAUCUAAGAGACGCAUUCCAUUGUACAAAGUAUCUUAUUACUGUCACUAGAUUUUUAAUGGUUCCCCUGUGCCUACAGGAGAGGGGGAGUAUGCUCACUGGAGGAGAAUAGUGGGGGUGUGUCUUUUCUCUUAUUGAAUGGCUGUCUUUAUUUGUCUUGCUUUGCAAAAUACCUUGUUCACCUUCAAUUGCCUAUCCUUGGUUAUCAUCAACUGUCAUAUUCAUUAUAAACUCUUUUCCCUCUUCAGUGCAUCUACCAUACGUGGUUUGCAUAUACGCUGACCAGGGUGUGCAUCCCUGCAAGGACCAAUCAGUGUAUUGGCCUUAUAUAUGGAUUAGGGCA